CGCCUCCUACGUCACGUCCGCCCUGUAAUGGCCAGAUACACGUGUUGAGUCGGAGCCUGUUUACAGGUCUUGUUGAAUUUCAUACAAAAGGUUUUCAGUAUUAAAGUUACAACGGCACCGUCAGGUCACAGUGAUGCCGAAAGUCAAAAAGUCCAAAUCCAGCGGAGAGAGGAGCGGAGGAGCGAUGGCGCUGGCCGACCAGAUCAUGCAGGACGACACGGUCCGAGCCCGAGGCCGAGUUAAGAGCAAAGACGGUCGGACUGAAAACGAGGACACGUACGUAGACGAGCGACUUUCACGGAAGAUCUUACAGCAGGCUCGGAUCCAACAAGAGGAGCUGCAGACAGAGUAUGGCCUGGCACCAGAGAAGAAGAAACCUCCAGUCACUGUUCUCGGUUCCGUUGCUGAAGAUGUGGACUCGGAUGAAGAGUGGCCAGCAAUUGAAGCAACAGGUGCUGGAGGCGAUGACAGUGAGGGCGAUAAAGAAGUUGUUGUUGAUCCUGAAGAUGAGAAGGCCAUUGAAAUGUUCAUGAAUAAGAACCCUCCAAUGAGACGGACUCUGGCUGAUAUUAUCAUGGAGAAGAUCACAGAGAAGCAGACUGAGGUGGAGACAGUGAUGUCGGAGGUUUCAGGUCGUCCAAUGCCACAGCUGGACCCCAGGAUAGUAGAAGUGUACAGAGGUGUGAAUAAGGUUCUGUCAAAAUAUCGCAGUGGUAAAUUGCCAAAAGCUUUUAAAAUAAUCCCAGCGCUUUCAAACUGGGAGCAGGUUCUGUACUUGACCGAGCCGGAGACCUGGACUGCCGCUGCCAUGUACCAAGCCACACGAAUAUUUUCCUCCAAUCUGAAAGAGCGAAUGGCACAGAGGUUUUACAACUUGGUGCUGCUGCCCCGUGUACGAGAUGAUAUUGCAGAAUACAAGAAACUCAACUUUCAUCUCUACAGUGCCUUGAAAAAGGCCUUGUUCAAACCAGGAGCAUGGUUUAAAGGUAUACUGAUUCCUCUGUGCGAAUCUGGGACCUGUACUCUCAGAGAAGCCAUCAUCAUCGGGAGCAUACUCACAAAGUGCUCCAUCCCUGUGCUCCACUCCAGUGCUGCAAUGCUUAAGUUGGCAGAGAUGGAGUAUAACGGUGCCAACAGCAUUUUCCUGCGCCUCCUGCUUGACAAGAAGUACGCCCUCCCUUUCCGUGUCCUGGACGCCCUGGUCGCCCACUUCCUGUCCUUCCGCAGUGAGAAGCGCGUGCUUCCCGUGCUGUGGCAUCAGAGCCUGCUCACCCUGGCUCAGCGCUACAAGGCCGACCUGGCCUCUGAACAGAAGGCAGCACUGCUGGAGCUGCUCAAGAUACAAACGCACCCCCAGAUAUCUGCAGAGAUACGCAGAGAACUGCAAAACUCGGAGUCGAGGGAUGUUGAAAUCGGGCUCCCUGCUACAGUUGAGAUGGACUGAGGAUUCAGAGCGGGUGGCGAAUCCUCCUCGCUUGCAAUUGUUUCGUAAAAAGCAUAUUUUCUCAUGUUAUUUAUCUUCUUGUCCUAUAAAAGGACAGGUUGAUUGAGUCAUCACAGAUUGAAUGGUAAUAAUCAACGUUAUUCCUGAGGUUGUAAUUUACUGAUUUGUUUUGAAUAUAUUAAAAAACACAGAAUCCUUAUGUCACAA